AUGCUUCCUCCAUUAAACCGCCAUAGGAGAUCUUCGAUCAUUCUUCGUUUGCAUGCUGCUAUGCCUGCUUCUGCUCUUCUUCUGGAUUGUCCUUUCGUUCCUUCCCUACAUGCCUCCGCUGAUACUGACAUUUUAAAAUUGUCUUGCCUUUGCUGGAUGCUUAUCCUCAUCGAGCAUAUUCUUCAUGUGAACGGUUAUAUUUUUAAAGGUCUUGUCAUUGCUGCUGAAUUCUUACACAUUAGUGUACUUCGAGGAAUAUUGAUGGACACCGAUACGAUACGAUUCGCGGAGCAACCAAUCAAUGGACAUCAAGAUCUCUAUUUGGACUCUAAACAUCUUGCAAGUCGACACAGUGCUGCUAUCCACUUUCUUAGCCGUCUAUGA